CGAGAUAGGUACAAUGAGGAAGGGAGACGAGGCCGCGAGGAGGCCGACCGUGGACGUGCCUAUGAACGAGACGGACGAGAGAGGCGUAAUGACUUUGUGGAACCUGCGCGUAGGCUGCCUCCAGUUUGCUUCGGAUGCAAGGUACCGGGUCAUUACCGAAGUGAUUGCUGGAGAUUUUGGGCGGAUGCGGCGUCAAGAAGCCAGGGGGAUCGGGAUGGCUAUGCAUGCCCGGCAUAAUUUGACAAGCGUGGCCGCUCCGUAUCGCCUAGACGAAACUAUGGACCCCCAGCGCGCAGAUCACCAUAGACCUACUUCAAAACUGGAGGAGCUGGGUGAGAGUGUGGCUAGUCUGAAAGACUUCGUCGACAUGGAGAAAAUACGGCUUGGCGUUGCGUUGAGCAAAAUCCAGGAGGAUAUCAAGAACGAAGUUCGAAAGGUCGUUGAGAAAGGGAAGGUGAAGAUUGAAGAACCUUCCUCUUCCGGGACUGCAAGUGAGCCAAGUGAAGUUGAAGAGAUUACCGUUGGUACCGAGAACUUGGCAAUCACAGAAAAACGAAAGUGCGGGGAAGACACCCCUGUGGGAGACAGCCCGCCGAUCGUCACACCAGCGAUGAAGGCAAACCAACGAACGGGCAUGCUUCAGCUCCGCUUCUCGGAGCGUCUUCAACGAACAAGGACACGUGUCAUAAGGAAGUCGGCAAGGGCUUCGUCAGGAAAGGCCAUACCGGCCAUCAAGCCGCCAAUUCAGAAUCUCGCGAUGGAACGCUUGAUGUUCCUAGACCAAGUGAGGAGGGACUUGGCUACAGUGGACUGUGAGCAGCUUCGGGCAUAUUGCCGCGAAGAAGGCAUUACGUAUACGACGAAAGUGCAAGUCAUUUUCGACUUGGCUGACGCAAGGGCUCGCGCAAGGUUCGGUCCGGUUAUUCAGUCCGGAGUGGAUCCACGUGAUCCAGAAGGCCAUGAAGAAGAUAAGUCGUGUCAAGAGAGUUCGGGUCUUCCUUACCCACAUGUAAGAGGUCACGUGCAGUUUCGGUUACAUGAGCUUGGUGGUGUGCCAGGGUUGUUGGGCAAUGCGAAAAACAUCCCGAAACCACCUAGGGUGGAUCGGGUGCUCAGCCUGAGGAAGGAGUUGGAGUCUGCUUUUGACAACUGGACUAAUAUUAAGAAUCAGAAGGUGAAUUUUUCAAUGACUGAGUUAACAAUUUGUGUACAAGAUCGGCAGGAAGCCACCGUUUGCCUGGGGCAGAAUGAGGUCCGUGACUGGGGUAAGAAGCUGGAAGGAUUGGUGCUGACUCCUUUGGACCGUAAUCCCGAAGUUACAAUGGUGAUGUGCCCACGGCUGUACCAUGAAGGGAUGAUGAACUUAUUCAUCCGAAGUGAGGGUUAUUCUGUGGUGACUGAAGAUGCUGUUAAAGUCGUCCAGAAAAUGCAGAUGGAUCUGAAUACGGCUAACCUCAUGGAUUUUGCGAGAUGGAACAAAAAAGGAACGUUUGGGCAAGCUUAUGCUUUGCCCAAACACAAGGACCCAAACCGGUUUCGACCGAUUUGUCCUUCCUUCCUAGAACCUACGGCAAAAACCAGCAAAGUCGUCGCUAAAGCACUUAACCACUUGCUCUAUACCAUUCCUGCGGAUUGGCACUUUAACCUAAAAGACAUGAUGUCACUGACAAAGAAAGUGGAGAAAGGUAAUCAUCGGAUGAGCAGUUUUGGCGCUGAGAUUGUGGAAUCUAGAUCGUAUGAUAUCAAAGAUAUGAUGAGCUGUGCCACGUCAGCAGUGCCACGUCACAGUGCCAAGUCACAGUACCACGUCAGCAGUGCCACGUCACAGUGUCAGAUCAGCAGUGCCAAAUCAGCAGUGUCACGUCCGCAGUGUCAAAUCAGCAGUGCCACGUCCGCAGUGCCAGGUCACAUUGCCAUGUCAAACAUAGUGCCACAUAAGCAGUGUCACGUCAGACACAGUGCCACGUCAGCAGUGUCACGUCAGCAGUACCACGUCAGACGCAGUGCCACAUCAGCAGUGCCACGUAAGCAGCAUUGCCACGUCAGCAACAUGACGAGCCUGCCAGGCCAACUGGCCAAUGAGACCAUUGCCGCCUACAAGCAGCGUUGCCUGGCUCAGAUAGAGGCUGAGAAACAACGCCUGCUGGCAGUCGAGGCUGCCCGCAUACAAACUGAAGAGGCAGCAGCAGCAGAGAAACUGCGGUUACAGGCCGAUGCAGGAGCAGAUGCCCAGGCUCGCCGAAAAGAAGCCCAGGAUCUGCUGCAGCGGCAUGAAGCCAACAGCAUCGACAGACUCAAGUACUGGCAUUUUCAACCGAACGGCGACGACGCAACACCGAAAGAAAAGCACAAGGAGUUCCUCUCCAAACUCGUGACGCGGUUGUUGUAUGCUUGCAACUACCAAAGGUCAGAGUUGGAGAGACAGCACCGGGACCUGACGCAACAGCAUCAGCAAUUGGCGAAGCUCCGCCGCAUAGUGCAGAGCCACGAGGAUGCAACUCGGGCACUCAAUGCCCGAUUGUUGGACCUGGAACAGGCUGUACCAAGACCAGCUGCUGGAGCUUCCAGCAGCGCACCCUCAAGCCGCCAACUGGAGGACCGCGUUGACCACGUAGUGGCAAUGCUCGGCGACAUCAGCACCUUCGCUGCGCCGACCACCACCAUCAGCAGUCAGCUGCAUACAUUGAAGACCGAGGUCCAGAAGCUGCAGUCGACGAACGCGGACGACAAUCCGAAGAUGUACAAGAUGCCAACUUUCAACCUGGAGAGGUUCGACGACUACACGCAGCAGGAUCCCGUCCUCUGGUGGGAAGCAUUCACAACGCAACUCAGGAUUCUGCCAGUAGCCAAGCACGCGUACAUCGGCGCCUUGUUCCUGAACUCAAAGGGCGGAUGCCAGACCUGGUUGAGCCACCUGGCAACCUCCCACGGCGUCGACGUACCAGACUUGAAGGACAUAAUCACAUGGGAGGAACUAACACGGUUGUGGAAGAAGCGGUUCAUCGUCGACGAUGCGCCGACACUCGCCAUCAACCGUUUGUUCACCAUAUCACAAGGCAACACAGCAACACGGGACUGGCUCACGGAGUGGCAGAAGAUUGCGACUGUGCCCAAUCUAAACCUACCAUUCGAGCAUCUACGCCGUGAGUUCUACAACAGGUCUUGUGCGGCAUUGAGCCAGGCUCUUGGUGAUCGCGAGCAGUACUCAACCUUCGCGGAGAUCAUUGACAAAGCGAGGGAGAUCAUCAAGACCAACAGGUCAGCUGCACACGAGAAAUCAACAUGGCAGCCGACCUAUGUGAAGAAGGCACGAACUGGUCCGCGACAACAGCACUUCGCUGCAGUCCAGCAGGACAGUGGAGAUAACCCAGCAGCCACUCCAGCAUCAAGUGACGGAGAUCAGGUGGCUGUUGUCCAGCCGCGAAGCAACAACAAGUCCCGCAACAAUGGGAAGGCGAAAUCCGCAUCGCAGGCCKGAAAUGGACAGCCAGUACAAGUUCCAUGGGUCAAGUUCGGCUUGACCGAGGCGGAGUACAAAGUCUGCGGCCGCUACGGCAGCUGCUAUUGGUGCAACAACACCAAGCACAAGACCUCCCUGUGCCAAGAUCAGGGCAAGGAGGAUGURCGACCCCGCCUCAGCUCGGGAAACUGAGCUCCGCGGAAGGUCUGUUGCCCGUUUUCGUAAUUCCUUCAAAUCUGCAGUUAGGAACUUGAUCUUAGCCAAAUGGUUCAAAAUUAAGAAUAGCUCUCUAUCACCCCCGGAUGCACAAAAACUGCUCAGCAGCGGAUGGGCCUCUAGAGUUUCAAUGGAUUCAGUUCUUAGAAAAUAAACAGUUGGUUUUCUC